CUUUUAGCGUGCAACAUGCUUGCGCGAGUUCAUUCUGAAAUUUCAAUUUCGUAAUCGCGAUCGAUUUAUUUACGUAUUUUCUCCCGGUGUGAUUCGAAUUUUCCGAAAUGUUAUCCGGUCACAUUCGUUACGGGCACUUGCGGCGUGUUCUGCAAUCCGUGCGGGGAAUCCGACCACUUAGCACCCGUGCCCUGGCGAACCCCAAAGAGGAGUACAGCGAACAGCCGGAGUACCCACCGAUUCAGGAUCUGAGCUACAAGGCCAAAAAGAAACGGGAAGCAGAAGCAUGGCACGAGCGUAUCAAACAGCUGAGCAGCGUCGAGGAAAAGCUGUUCGAAAUCAACAUGCCCAAGUAUUACGGCUACAAAGCGAACAUGAUCACGGACCAGAAGUUUCCUUAUAAUGUGCUUCCGUUUGCGCAAUACGCAACCCGGACCCAUUUGGAGAGUGAACUUCCGGAAGGUGUCUACAAACAGCUGAACGAGCAGGCAAAAAGCUUACUGAAUGAACUUCGCGGGGAGCUGGAAGAUGUUAUCGGUUUCGAAAUGAGUGGAUACAGCCACUCAGAGCUUGAGGAUGAAAAGCUCUCGUUUGAACAACGGGAAGAGUUACAAACAACGGCGUUACUGAAAGGAAUUAAUCGUAUUCUGAUAAACGCUCUGGCCCCACAGUACAGUCAUCUAAAUGAGGUAGAAGUGGAUCACGAGCCACGCCAUGAAGCCUUCUGGUUUCUAGGCGGAACUCCACCUCCACCGAAUCUGCGAAAGCUUAAAGAGGGCAUCGAUUGGCAACGUCCCUAUGCGAAUGACCCAGUAGAUCGAAAGAUUCAAUAUUUAGGCAAACCGUAUCUUGCCAUUAGGCAUAAGCUACCUCUGGAACCGAUAACUGUUGAACCACUAGAGGCAUUAAACGUACAAACUGAUGGAAUCAGCAUACCUGAAUUUCGUUAUGAUCCAAAUGUGCUCGGUUAUCAUACAGAACAUCGUCAUGCCACUACUGUUCCCGGUUUUUGGCCCGGUGAUCAACACGAAUUCGGGCUAGUUUCAUUCCAGCGGCGUAGUCAUUCGAUAAUUCGCCCUGCGUACUGCGCUGUCAAUGAUCUGCAAGAAGCUCUCCAUGCCCAAGGUAUUCUUUCUAGCUAUGCUUGGCUUCUCGGACAAGCCUGUUAUCAAGGGUUUUCAACUUUCAACGAACUCACAUAUCCUCUGUCGGCUCAAACCGUAAUCACCGAUGGCAAAAAUUGGUCCUUCUACGUUUACCAAAUGAAUACUACCUUAGUCCACUCGGAUCAAGUGGAUAUCAAUCCACGUUACAAUCGUUGUUGGGGAACCAAAGAACUCCAACUGUUUGACCACGUAGAUGAAACUGGAAAGAUUCAUGGCCUCAAUGAGGACGUUCUCUGUCAUUUGAUUUCUUUCUACUGCAAUGUCCCUAAGGCGCGUGAAGGCGUCGAACUGAAGCCCUAUCUCUGCAAAACCGAAACCCGCAUAGCGGACAUCUUGGAAGAAAAACGUCGUGUUUUCAUGGAAGACUCCUACAAACGGAUCGCCUCCAACCGGCCCCGUCAUCGACUGGUGCCGGAAAUAUACCAGUGGGAAAAGAUCUACAAAGUGGACCACAAAACGCGACCCAUGGAACCGAAGAGGCGACCAUUCGAGCUGGGACAGGACAUGUACCGGCGGCGGAUGGACGAACAUGCCCUCAAGUAUAUUCCUCGGGCUGUUCGACCAGGUGGACCCAAGAGCAAACCUCGAUUCGAAGCCACUUACUAUCCAAACGUAAGACGAUAGAAGUGAGAGAUGAGUAGUGUAUUAAACGAUUUAUUG